CCCGUGGCCCAUAGUGGCGACCAGGUGUCAUAGUUUCUCCCCAGAGACAACCUCGCAGAUCCACCAUGUGUGGGGGACUGAGCGACAAGUAUGUGGCUGCCAUGGUGCUGAGUGCAGCUGGAGAUGCGCUAGGGUACUGUAAUGGAAAGUGGGAGUUCCUCCGGGAUGGGGAGAAGAUUCACCAGCAGUUGGCCAAGCGCGGUGGCUUGGAUGCCAUCGAUGUGGAGAGGUGGAGAGUCAGCGAUGACACAGUGAUGCACCUGGCCACAGCGGAAGCCCUCAUAGAAACUGGGAGAGCCGGGGACGUGGCGAGACUGUAUUCUCUCCUUGCUAAGCAUUACCAAGACUGCAUGGAAGACAUGAAUGGCCGAGCACCUGGUGGUGCCUCGAUGCAGAAUGCCAUGAAGCUAGAGCCACACAAGCCCAAUGACUGGAGGAUUCCCUUCAACAACCACGAGGGGGGCUGUGGCGCUGCCAUGCGUGCCAUGUGCAUCGGUCUCAGGUUCCCUCACCACAGCCAGCUGGAUACUCUGAUCCAAGUGAGCAUCGAGAGCGGGCGGAUGACCCACCAUCACCCCACAGGCUACCUGGGCGCCCUGGUGUCUGCUCUUUUUACAGCCUAUGCUGUGAAUGGCAGAGCACCCCAGCAAUGGGGAAAAGGUCUGAUGGAAGUGCUGCCAGAAGCUAAAAAGUACAUUGUCCAAUCAGGAUACUUUGUGGAGGAGAAUCUUCAAAACUGGUCCUACUUCCAAAACCAAUGGGAAAAGUAUCUAAAACUUAGAGGGAUUUUGGAUGGCCAAGCAGCUCCUACUUUCCCCAAAGAUUUCCAUGUGAAAGAGAGAGACCAGUUCUAUACCUCCAUGAGCUACUCUGGCUGGGGUGGAAGCAGUGGCCACGAUGCCCCGAUGAUUGCCUAUGAUGCCAUCCUGGCCGCAGGAGACUCCUGGAAGGAGCUUGCCCACCGGGCCUUUUUCCAUGGAGGAGACAGCGACUCCACGGCUGCCAUUGCUGGUUGCUGGUGGGGAGUCAUGCAUGGUUUUAAAGGAGUGAGCCCUUCCAACUAUGAGAAACUAGAGUACAGAAACCGGCUGGAAGAAGCAGCCAGGGCUUUAUACUCUCUUGGUUCAAAUGAAGAUGCUGUCCCUGCCCUCUAGGGACAUAGGUGUUCAUUACUGGUGUGUUUUUGUUUUUUUUUCCCUUUUGUGUAGAAACGGUUGUCCCUUAUCUGUUUCUUUUCAUAUUUUUCAAAAGUAAGCAUUCAAGGUCCUUGGAUUCAAGGAAUUUUAAGACCACAAGUCCCUUGGACACUUUAAAUUCAAUAUUUACAAUCUCUCCCUAUUCUCCCCAAAUCCAGCCCACUCCUUUUUUUU